GCUUGCGCGUUUAGGAUCUUUAUUCAUAUUUUCACUCUAGGAAAUUUUCCGUUUACUUUUCUCUUCAAAUCUCGCUCUUAAGAGCAAGGUCAACGAGACAACAUGGUAUUCAUCAAGGUCUUGUUAGUAGCAGCGUUUUGCAUUUACCAAGGUGUGGCGAGGUGUACCCCCUGGAGCCAGAUCAAGUGCAAGACGAACGAUAAAUGUGUGCACAUCUACGACCUCUGCAACGGAUGGUACGACUGCGACGAUAAAUCCGACGAAGAAGACAGAUUGUGCUCUGAUUCAUCAAUUUGGGGCAAAACACUCUGCACAACACCUGGAACAUUACUUUGCAAACAAGGGGAUAACAAGAGAUGCUUGCCCGCCAGGAGAUACUGCACUUCGUCCAACCUUCCUUGCGAAGAUAGAGACGAGCGCCUGUGCCAGAUGUUCAACGAUGGAAAGCUUAUACCUUAUGAUGAGAUCGUGGUACGGUCGAACGUGUUUUUGGCCGAAAUUUCGGGUCAAGAGUUCCAUGAAAAGUUCAACGUUACAAUUGAACACCCCGAUUGUCCUCACCUGUACACACGUGUUGGCGACCACUGCUUGUCAUUCUUUUUCUUUGGAUUGGUCAAUUGGGGAGAAGCUCGCUCUUUCUGCAAGAUGAAUGGCGGUGACCUUUUGACCUUUCAAGAUGGCGUCGGGACCUUCUACGAAAUCGUCCGCCACCUCCGCGAGCACAAUAUCACCUCGGACUUCUGGGUUGGGGGAGCCGUAAGGAACAAGACAUGGACAUGGGUGGACGGUAACCCCAUUGAGCUGGGAACCCCCUACUGGUCCCUCAGAACGAACCCUGAUUGCCAGCAUCUCAACCAGACCGUCAUUUACGAGAAGUCUUGUAAUCAGUACCUGCAACGACCUUUGACUCCCGUCGUAGGCAUGUGCGCUGCCCUUACUUUCGAGAACUUCUUCUACAUGAGCGACGAAGACUGCCUAACGAAGAAGAGCCCUCUGUGCGUCGCAGGAAAAGAACCUACUGUAAAGGUGUGAGGCGGUCUCAAGCAUUCCUGGUCUUCCAUGAAGUACUUUUUUUUUAAUGUUGUUAGCCAAUUCGUUUCCUGACAUUGGCGACCGGGUUGCGAAUAGAAGCAGGUUCAUGUUGCGAAACUGCAUUUGUGACUGAUAGUUAUAUCAGCUGACUUCAAUAAGAAAUUUUAAAUAAU